UACAGAUUUAACCAGUUCGACAACCGUUACGCGCAGAACAGCAAAAGUCUGGAUGCAAACUUCUAAAAUGUUUGUGUUCACAUUUCGUUUACAUUCUAUAAAUUGUAUAUAGUUCUUUUUGAUUUUUUUGCUGCUUGAAGCAGUGGUAUGUUGGAAAACCUUUGAUAGGCUAAUUUAUUAACCAUUUACCGAAGUACGCGUAGCUUGCCCCGGCAGUCUCGUGCAACUUCCUUCACUACAGGCGAAGGCUCAUUUAACCCGGGCGAGGCUGUCUCCUCCCAGCGCGUGAAUGAAGUGCCGAAUCUUGAGCGUCUGUUCGAGGCUCAGGAAGGAGUUGAACACAUGAAUUGAAACGAUAUACUGCAGACGCUAAUCGAAGGCUGCGGUCCUCUCUCGGUGACGCCAUCGUUUUUUUCUCCCCCAGCGCGGCACCUAGGCUACUAAACAUGCUUUUCCGUUUCGGAGGUCGACUUUUCUGAACUCGAGGGAGGACCCCGAAGCGCAGGAAAUAUCGAAGACACGCUGCAACGAUUCUGUGCGGUCAGCUUUGCCAAGCUGCAUACUUUACUCAGAGUUUAUGUGUCUCUCUUGCCUGGGAGUCAAACUGGAGAAAAUCUGACAAAACAUGUCUGAUCACAGAUCCAGUUUUCUUCACAUCGGUGACAUAGUUUCCCUCUAUGCGGAAGGAACGGUGAAUGGCUUCAUUAGCACUUUGGGGCUGGUGGACGACCGCUGCGUGGUGCAGCCGGACGCCGGGGACCUGGCCAACCCUCCCAAAAAGUUCAGAGACUGCCUGUUCAAGGUCUGCCCUAUGAACAGAUACUCCGCACAGAAGCAGUUCUGGAAGGCUAAGCAAGGAAAACAGGGCAACAACACUGAGGAAGACCUGCUAAAGAAGCUACAGCAUGCAGCAAAACUGGAGCAGAAGCAGAAUGAUACAGAGAACAAGAAACUGCUGGGAGAAGUGGUCAAAUACAGCAACGUCAUUCAGUUGCUUCACAUCAAGAGCAACAAGUUCCUGACGGUGAACAAGCGGCUCCCGGCGCUGCUGGAGAAGAACGCCAUGCGCGUGUCCCUGGACGCGGCGGGGAACGAGGGCUCCUGGUUCUACAUCCAGCCCUUCUGGAAGCUGCGCAGCGAAGGGGACAAUGUGGUGGUCGGGGACAAGGUGGUGCUGAUGCCUGUGAACGCCGGGCAGCCCCUCCACGCCAGCAACAUCGAGCUGCUGGACAACGCCGGAUGCAAGGAGGUCAAUGCGGUGAACUGCAACACCAGCUGGAAAGUCGCUCUCUUCAUGAAGUUCAGUGACUACAAGGAGGACAUCUUAAAGGGGGGCGAUGUGGUCCGGUUGUUCCACGCCGAGCAGGAGAAGUUCCUGACCUGCGACGAGUACAAGCAGCAGCAGCACAUCUUCCUCCGGACCACCCUGCGCCAGUCCGCCACCUCCGCCACCAGCUCCAAAGCACUCUGGGAAAUAGAGGUGGUGCACUAUGACCCCUGUAGGGGAGGGGCCGGCCAGUGGAACAGCCUCUUCCGCUUCAAGCACCUCGCCACGGGGAACUACCUGGCAGCUGAGGUGAACCCAGACUUCCGAGCUGAAGGCAGUGGGGACACAAAAGUUGGAGUGAACCCAGACUUCCGAGCUGAAGGCAGUGGGGACACAAAAGUUGGAGUGAACCCAGACUUCCGAGCUGAAGGCAGUGGGGACACAAAAGUUGGAGAGACGGCCCCCCCCGCCCAGGCAGACGGAGGCUCGGUGGCCCCCAAGAAGAAGCGGCAGGCCCCGGAGAAGAUCGCCUACACCUUGGUCUCCGUUCCCCACGGCAGCGACAUCGCGUCCCUGUUCGAGCUGGACGCCACCACCCUGCAGAGGGCCGACUGCCUGGUGCCCAGGAACUCCUACGUGCGACUGCGCCACCUCUGCACCAACACCUGGGUGACCAGCACCAACAUCCCCAUCGAUGCCGAGGAGGAGAGGCCCGUCAUGCUCAAGAUCGGGACCUGUCCCACCAAGGAGGACAAGGAGGCUUUCGCCAUCGUCUCCGUGCCCCUGUCGGAGGUGCGGGACCUGGACUUCGCCAACGACGCCAACAAGGUGCUGGAGUCCACCGUGCGGAAGCUGCAGUACGGCAACAUCGCUCAGAACGAGCGCAGAUUCGUCACCAAGCUCCUGGAGGACCUGAUCUUCUUCGUGUCGGACGUCCCGAACAACGGGCAGGAGGUCCUGUCCGUGGUCAUCAGCAAACCCAACCGGGAGAGGCAGAAGCUCAUGCGGGAGCAGAACAUUCUGGCCCAGAUUUUUGGGAUCCUGAAAGCCCCGUUCACCGACCUGGGCGAGGGUCCCAUGCUGAAGCUGGAGGAUUUGGGGGACCAGCGCUACGCCCCCUUCAAGUACCUGCUCCGGCUGUGCUACAGAGUCCUGCGGCACUCCCAGCAGGACUACAGGAAGAACCAGGAGUACAUCGCCAAGAAGUUCUCCAUCAUGCAGUCCCAGAUCGGGUACGAGAUCCUGGCGGAGGACACCAUCACCGCGCUGCUGCACAACAACCGGAAGCUUCUGGAGAAGCACAUCACCGCCCGGGAGAUCGAGACCUUCAUCAGCCUGCUGCGCCGCAACCGCGAACCCAGGUUCCUGGACUACCUGUCAGACCUCUGCGUGUCCAAUCUGACGGCCAUCCCCAUUACCCAGGAGCUCAUCUGCAAGUUCAUGCUGAACCCGAUCAACGCAGACAUCCUCAUCCAGACCAAGCUGAUUCCCCUCACAGAGAACGCUCUGGAAACGUCGCUGCUGCACGACGAGGCGGAGGAGGAAGAGGUGUGGCUUUACUGGAUCGACAGCAACAAGGAGCCCCACGGGAAGUCCAUCCGCCACCUGGCCCAGGACGCCAAGGGCAACCACAAGCUGGACGUGGACAUAAUCACCUACUACAGGUACCAGCUGAACCUGUUUGCGCGGAUGUGCCUGGACCGGCAGUACCUGGCCAUAAACCAGGUGUCGGGGCAGCUGCCCGUGGAGCUGAUCCUGCGCUGCAUGUUCGACGACUGCCUGCCGUACAACCUGCGCGCCUCCUUCUGCCGCCUCAUGCUGCACAUGCACGUGGACCGCGACCCCCAGGAGGCCGUGGUGCCCUGCCGCUACGCCCGCCUGUGGACCGAGAUCCCCUCCAAAAUCUCCAUCCACGAGUACCACUACGAGUGCACGGACUCCACGCGCGACACCAUGAAAGAUAAGUUUGCCCCCACGAUGGAGUUUGUGGAAGAGUACCUCAAAGACGUCGUCAGUCAGCCUUUCCCCUUCGGAGACAAGGACAAGAACGAGCUCACCCUGGAGGUGGUUCGCUUGGCGCGUAACCUGGUCUACUUUGGGUUCUACAGCUUCAGCGAGCUCCUGCGGCUCACGCGCACCCUGCUGGCCAUCCUGGACAUCGUGCAGCACAUGCCCAACUUCAUGGACAAGAUCAGCAAGGGCCCCGAGUCGGGGAACAACGUGAUGCGCACCAUCCACGGCGUGGGGGAGAUGAUGAGCCAGAUGGUGCUGAGCCGGGGCUCGGUGCUGCCCCACCUCCUGCCCGAGGGCCAGCCGGCCCCGCGCCACGCCAAGGCCCCCGGCCCCCCCGACUGCGAGGACGUGACCGUCAUGAACACCAAGCUGAAGAUCAUCGAGAUCCUGCAGUUCAUUCACAGCGUGAGGCUGGACUACAGGAUCACCUACCUGCUGUCCAUCUACAAGAAAGAGUUUGGAGACAGCACCCUCUCUGACAGCUCGCUGUCCGUCAAUGACAUUUCGGGGCAGUCAGCUCCCGAUCCUGAUAUAGACUUGAUUGCAGCCCAAGCUGAGACCAUGUUCGCUGGAAGGUGCAGCACGGAGAAAAGCGCGGUGGAGCUGGACGAUGAGGGAGGCCGGACCUUUCUGAGGGUGCUGAUCCACCUCAUCAUGCAGGACUACCCGCCGCUGGUGUCUGGCUCUCUCCAGCUGCUUUUCAAGCACUUCAGCCAGAGAGCCGAGGUGCUGCAGGCCUUCAAACAGGUCCAGCUGCUGGUGUCGGAGCAGGACGUGGAGAACUACAAGCAGAUCAAGACCGACCUGGACCAGCUGCGGCUGACGGUGGAGAAGUCGGAGCUCUGGGUGGAGAAGAGCGGCGGCUACGGCAGCGUGGAGCUGGGGGACAGCCAGGGCAAGGAGCAGAACGCCGAGGAAACUGGGAUCCUGAGUCCAGUGCAGGACGGGAACAUCAAGCCUCAGAUCGACAGCGACAAAGCGAACAACUACAACAUCGUCAAGGAGAUCCUGCUGCGGCUCAGCAAGCUGUGCUAUCCCAGUAAGAAGAGCCGGGUGCAGCAGCAGAGGCUCCUGAAGAACAUGGGGGCCCACACUGUGGUGCUGGACCUGCUGCAGAUCCCCUAUGAGAAGACUGACCAGAAGAUGAACGAGAUCAUGAACCUGGCUCACGGUUUCCUGCAGAGCUUCUGUAGAGGAAACCCCCAGAACCAAGUUCUCCUCCACAAGCACCUCAACCUCUUCCUCACACCAGGGCUCCUGGAGGCCGAGACCAUGCGCUACAUCUUCAUGAACAACUACCACCUGUGCAACGAGAUCAGCGACCGCGUGGUGCACCACUUCGCGCACUGCAUCGAGACGCACGGCCGCCACGUGCAGUACCUGCGCUUCCUGCAGACCGUCGUCAAGGCCGACGGCAAGUACGUGAAGAAGUGCCAGGACAAGGUCAUGACCGAGCUGGUGACCGCGGGCGAGGAGGUGCUGGUCUUCUACAACGACCGGGCCUCCUUCCCGCUGCUCCUGCAGAUGAUGAGCUCGGAGCGGGAGCGGGCCGACGCCAACGGCCCGCUGGCCUACCACAACACGCUGGUGGAGCUGCUCGCUGCCUGCACCGAGGGCAAGAACGUCUACACCGAGCUCAAGUGCAACUCGCUGCUGCCCCUCGACGACAUCGUCAAGGUGGUCACCCACGACGACUGCAUACCCGAGGUGAAGACCGCGUACGUCAACUUCGUGAACCACUGCUACGUGGACACGGAGGUGGAGAUGAAGGAGAUCUACACCAGCAACCACAUCUGGAAGCUCUUUGAGAACUUCCUCAUGGACAUGUCCCGGGUGUGCAACAGCACUACGGACAGGAAGCACGCGGACACCGCGCUGGAGAGAUACGUGACGGAGACCGUCAUGGCCAUCGUCAAAGGGUUCUUCAGCUCCCAGUUCUCGGUCAGCAACUCCAGCCUGCAGACCCACCAGCCCAUCUUCAUCCAGCUUCUGCAGUCUGCCUUCAGGAUCUACAACUGCACCUGGAUCACUUCGCCUCAGAAAUCCAACAUCGAGGGCUGCAUCAAGACGCUUGCGGAUGUGGCGAAGAACCGGGCCAUGGCCGUGCCGGUGGACCUGGACAGCCAGGUGAACACGCUGUCCCUGAAGACGCACACCAACAUGGUGCAGCGGGCGGCCAAGGGCUGGCGCAUGACCGCCCGGGCCGGGCCCCGCAAGGAGCCGCUGGGGGCCCCCGACUACAAGAGCAUCAUCGAGAAACAGCAGGGUGUAGUUUCCUGUCUGGAGGAGCAGUUCCAUCCCAAAGUGCAGGCCGAGUUCUCGGUGCUGGUGGACGUUCUGCACAGCCCGGAGCUCCUGUUCCCCGAGGCGGCCCGGUUCCGCUGUGAGAGCGGAGCCUUCAUGUCCAAGCUGAUCAAACACACCAAGAAGCUGAUGGACAAGGAGGAGAAGCUGUGCAUCAAAGUCCUGCAGACGCUGUGCAAGAUGCUGGACAAGAAGGAGACCUUCGAGGAGCCGGGGAACGGUUUAAGGAAGAUCCUCCUCGCGCGAUACUUCAGAAGCCCCUCCAAAUCCGACGGGAACAGCGCCUCCGGAGGAUACUCCAAACCUUCGGGAGGAGGGGGCUCCCCGGGGCCGGAUACGGACCGGUGCGGGCCCUGCACGGCGGACAUCCAGUGCCUGCUGGACAGCGUCGGCGCCUCGGAGCUGGUGGUGGACCUCAUCGUCAGCACCAAGAACGACCGAGUGUUCGAGGAGAGCAUCCUCCUGGGCAUAAGUCUCCUGAAGGGAGGGAACCGGCAGAUCCAGAAUUCCUUUUACCACCAGCUUCAUGACCAGAAGAAGUCGGAGAAGUUCUUCAAGGUUUUCUAUGACCGCAUGAAGCUGGCCCAGCAGGAGAUCCGCUCCACCGUGUCCGUCAACAUGUUCGAGGUGACCUGCAGGAAGAGGGACGAAGACGGGGAGACCACCACCACCCGCUACAAGAAACCAGGGCGAGACUCCGGCCUGCACCUGAAGCAGGACAUGAAGGGCCAGCUCAGGGAGGCCUCUUCCGCCACUUCCAAGGCCUACUCCACCUUCCGCAAGGAGAUCGACCCGGACCUGGACAUGAUUGGCCCGGGUGGGGAAGGGGGCGGGCCGGAGGAGUCACGGGAGGAAGCCCUGAUGAGCCCGGCCAUCUCCAUAAUGAAGCCCAUUCUGCGCUACCUGCAGCUGCUCUGCGAGAACCACAACCGGGACCUGCAGAAUUUUCUACGGAACCAGAACAACAAGACCAAUUACAACCUGGUGUGUGAGACCCUGCAGUUCCUGGACUGCAUCUGUGGCAGCACCACUGGUGGGCUGGGCCUUCUGGGGCUCUACAUUAACGAGAGGAACGUGGACCUGGUCAAGCAAACCCUCGAGACCAUUACUGAGUACUGCCAAGGACCCUGCCAUGAGAACCAGACCUGCAUCGCCAAGCACGAGUCCAACGGCAUCGACAUCAUCAUCGCCCUCAUCGUGAACCCCAUCAACCCCCUCGGGACGCACCGCAUGGACCUGGUGCUGGUGCUGAAGAACAACGCCUCCAAGCUGCUCCUGGCCAUCAUGGAGAGCCGGCACGACAGCGAGAACGCCGAGAAGAUCCUGUACAAGAUGAGGCCCAACGAGCUGGUGGACGUGAUGAAGGAGGCGUACAACCAGGGCCUGGAGAGCGAGGGGGAGGUCGCAGGAGACGACAUCACGCCCAAAGACGUGGGUCACAACAUCUACAUCCUGGCUCACCAGCUCGCCCGGCACAGCAAGCUGCUGCAUCAGAGCUUGAGGCCGGGACUUGAUCCCGACAACGAGGGCGAUGACGCGCUCCGGUACUACUCCAAGCACACGGCCCAAAUCGAGAUCGUCCGCCGCGACCGCACGAUGGAGAAGAUCGUCUUCCCCGUGCCCAACAUCUGCGAGUACCUGACGCACGAGUCCAAGGUGCGCGUCUUCACCAGCACCGAGCGCGACGAGCAGGGCAGCAAGGUCAACGACUUCUUCCAGCAGUUCGAGGACCUCUACAGCGAGAUGAGGUGGCAGAAGAACAUUCAAAACAACCCGGCUCUCUUCUGGUUCUCCCGGCACAUCUCCCUGUGGGGCAGCAUCUCCUUCAACCUGGCGGUGCUGGUCAACCUGGCGGUGGCGCUCUUCUACCCGUUCGGGGACGACGGCGACGAAGGCACCCUACCUCACCUUGUGUCCAUCCUGCUGUGGGUCGCCGUGGCGAUGUGCUCCACCAUGCUGUUGGUUCUUCGCAAGCCGGCGGGAAUCCGGCCCUUCCUGGUGUCCGUCAUCCUGCGCUCCAUCUACACCCUGGGCCUGGCGUUCACUCUGGUGCUGCUGGGAGCGGCCAAUCUGCUGAACAAGAUGGUGUUUCUGGUGAGCUUCGUGGGGAACCGGGGCACGUUCACGCGCGGCUACAAGGCCGUGGUGAUGGACAUGGCCUUCCUCUACCACGUCACCUACGUCAUCGUCUGCAUGCUGGGCCUCUUCCUCCACGAGUUCUUCUACAGCUUCCUGCUCCUUGACCUGGUUUACAGGGAGGAGACGCUCCUGAACGUGAUCAAGAGCGUGACGCGGAACGGGCGCUCCAUCAUCCUCACGGCCGUGCUGGCGCUCAUCCUGGUCUACCUCUUCUCCAUCGUGGGCUUCCUCUUCCUCAAGGACGACUUCCGCAUGGAGGUGGACCGGCUGCACUUCCCAGGAGGCCUGAACCCACCGCCGUGUUCAAAAGAGUUCUGCGAGGACUCCAUACGCCUACCUGGCGCAGAGGAGAGCGACGGGACGGAGCCCGUGUGCGAGACCCUGCUCAUGUGCAUCGUGACAGUGCUCAACCAGGGCCUGCGCAACGGCGGCGGCGUCGGGGACGUGCUCCGGAAGCCGUCCAAAGACGAGCCGCUCUUCGCUGCCCGUGUGGUGUACGACCUGCUGUUCUUCUUCAUCGUCAUCAUCAUCGUGCUGAACCUGAUCUUCGGGGUGAUCAUCGACACCUUCGCCGACCUGAGGAGCGAGAAGCAGCGAAAGGAGGAGAUCCUGAGGACGACCUGCUUCAUCUGCGGACUGGAGAGAGACAAGUUUGACAACAAGACGGUGUCCUUCGAGGAGCACAUCAAGUCCGAGCACAACAUGUGGCACUACCUGUACUUCCGGGUCCUGGUGAGGGUGAAGGACCCCACCGAAUACACCGGGCCUGAGAGCUACGUCGCCCAGAUGAUCGAGGAGAAGAACCUGGACUGGUUCCCACGCAUGCGCGCCAUGUCGCUGGUGAGCAGCGAGGGCGACGGCGAGCAGAACGAGAUCCGCUCGCUGCAGGAGAGGCUGGACGGCACGCUCUCGCUGGUGUCCCUCCUGUCCGCCCAGCUGGCCGAGCUCAAGGAGCAGAUGACGGAACAGAGGAAGAACAAGCAGAGGAUGGGCUUUCUGGGCCCUCCGCAGGUCAACCAUCACAUUUCUGCCCACUGAAGUGCCCCCCCCCCACCCCCCACCCGCCCAGCCACC